AUUACUGAAAAUCACGAACUGUUCUUGAAGUUAGACGCUUCGGCACUUGUGAUCUUUAAGCAAUCACAGAGUGGCAAGUUCUGAGAGCUCCCUGCUGUCACAGACUCUCGCACUGAGGGCAUGAAAGAUGGACUCGACCUCGUGUCGGGAUGUCAUGCGUGAAAAGAAUGUUUCAGAUCAUUGUCUAGGGUGGGUGUCGUUCAGAAUUUAAGAGCCAUAGGCGCUAUGAGGGGACACUGAGUACAUACAGUACACCCUCAUGUACAGUACACCUGUUAUUUUAGGAUAAGCAGUAAGUUAUUUUAAAUACCCAAUUGCGUUGCUUUAAAUAUCCAGUUAUGCUUUUAAAAUACAGUAUGCUGGUAUGGGUUAAGUAUUGACACCUAAGCAUGCCUUGUAGUUUUACAUUGAGAACAUUGUCACGCCCUGGUGUGCUCGAUGUUUUUGCUUUCGGUUUGAAACCUCUACAGCUGUGAUAGAAGACUGCAGUUUCUUUUCUAACGAAGACGCGCUUGAAGAAAUACUUUUUAAGUUAUAAAGCAACUCAGAGAGUAUUCGCGAUCCUACUGACGGAAUCCCGGCAUCAUCCUUUGUAUCAGGAAAAGGCAGAUAUCUGUGUUUGGUUAUGGCCAGCAACAACAUCUCAAUGGCAGCCCCGAUAUGUUUGAUCGAGAAUGGAGAAGAUGGAAAACUCAGUGUCAACUCCCAGGCCCUGGAGAUCCUGGAACAGAUCCAGCAGUCAGUGGUUGUGGUGUCAAUAGUGGGAUUGUAUCGCACAGGGAAAUCAUAUUUCAUGAACAAGCUGGCAGGGAAGAGAAAGGGAUUCGCCCUGGGGUCCACCAUACAGUCCCACACCAAGGGCAUCUGGAUGUGGUGCAUCCCUCACCCCACUAAGCCUGACCACACACUGGUGCUGCUGGACACCGAGGGGUUGGGGGAUGUGGAGAAGGGAGAUCAAAAGAACGACUGCUGGAUCUUUGCCCUGGCUAUUCUUCUGAGCAGCACACUGAUUUACAACAGCCGCGGGACCAUCGACAACAACGCCCUGGAGAACCUGCAAUACGUGACAGAGUUGACUGACCUGAUCAAGGUGAAGGCCCCUGGCAAAUCCAGUCCAGGUACGAGUGAUGAUGACAUUGAUGAAGAAGACUCUCAGUUUGUGCGCUACUUCCCCAAUUUUGUGUGGGCUGUGCGCGACUUCACCUUGGAGCUGAAGAUCGAGGGGAGGCCGGUGACUGAGGACGAGUAUCUUGAACACGCUCUGACACUCAAGAAAGGAACCAACAGGAAAGUGUCCGACUACAACCUGCCCCGGCAGUGUAUCCGGAACUUCUUCCCCUUGCGCCGCUGCUUCGUCUUCGGCAGCCCCGCCGCCCCCGAUGCCAUGACCCGCCUCGAGACUCUGGACGAGAGGGACCUGAGCGCCUCCUUCCUGGAGGCCACCCAGCGCUUCUGCCAGCACGUCUUCAACCAGAGUCCCGUCAAAACCAUCAAGGGAGGACAUCCUGUCAGUGGCAGGAUGCUUGGUAUCUUGGCCAGUACCUACGUGGGCACCAUCUCGAGCGGUGAUGUGCCCUGCUUGGAGAACGCAGUGCUGACAAUGGCACAGAUUGAGAACCAGGCAGCUGUGCAGGAGGGGAUAAAGGUGUACAAGGAGGGGAUGGACAAGGCAGUGACCUUCCCAGCCAGCCUGGAGGGUUUAUCCCAGCAGCACAGGCACUGGGAAAAACUGGCUCUGGAGAGGUUCGCCAGCAAGUCUUUCAAAGAUGACAGUGGUCAGCACAUGAGCAACCUGGGAAGCAAGAUUGGACAACACUAUGCCAUUCUUCUGGAUCACAACGAACAAGUCUCUGAGCAAGCCUGCCAGGAGCUCCUGGCCCAGCUUUCCGCCCCCAUCGCCAAGAAGCUGGAGGAGGGCUUCUAUGCCAAGCCUGGUGGCUACGAGCUCUACUGUAAGGAUCGAGAUGCAUUGGUGGCACAGUUCCGUGCUGAACCCAACAAAGGGGUUAAGGCUGAAGAGAUUCUGGACCAGUUUCUGAAGAUGAAAGAAGUCGAAUCCAGAUCCAUCCUUCAGGCUGAUCAGAAGCUGGCUGAAAAUGAGAAACAAAUUGCCGCGGAAAAGCAGCGGGCCGCCCUCCUGGAGCAGCAGAGGAAGGCGGAGGAGGAGAAGUGCCUGGUGGCAGAGAGACUCCUGGAGGACGAGAGGGAGAGCCACAAGCAGAAGCUGAGGGUCGCAGAGGAGAAGGCGCAGCAGGAGCUGGACAGCAGCCGCCAGGAGGCCCAGAGAGCCCUUCAGAGCAAGCUGAAGGAGCACGAGGAGCUGCUGCAGAAGGGCUUCCAGGACAAGGCAGAUCUGAUGGAGAAGGAGAUCCAGAACCUCAAGGCGGAGUUAUCGAAGGGCAACGUCUGGACCGACUACAUCUUGCCUGUGGUGAAGGAGGGCCUAAAAGCUGCAUCUGCCUUCCUCAAGUACAAGUCCAUUAAGAAACUGCCGAAAUGAAGGUCCCCAGGAGAGAACAUGCUUAUGAGAGAGCGAGUUUUUAACCCUGUUUGCUUACCUAAUCCUAAUUGUCUUCUAUAGUAAUUGUAACUAUAUGCUGUACUGUCCUGCAUCAUGUCUUCUGUCCAUAUGUCUGAACACUUGAUCAGUAAAACAGAUUUGCUUUCUACUUCUAAA